AUGCCUCUCACGACGCCAUCCGUGUUUCCCCCGCCGUCCGCCGAGUUCAUCAAGUGGCCGAGUCGGAGGAGCGUCGUGCACAGCACCAAGGGCAUUGUGGCAUGCACGCAGCCCCUGGCGGCCAAGUGCGGCAUCGACAUUCUCAAUGCCGGGGGCAAUGCUGCUGACGCUGCCGUGGCCGUAGCCGCCGGGCUCAACAUGACGGAGCCCUGCUCGACGGGCAUUGGCGGCGACAUGUUCUGCCUGUACUACGACGCCAAGACCUGCAGCGUGUCGGCCCUGAACGGCUCGGGCCGCUCGGGCGCCAAGUGCACGCUUGAGACGAUCCGAAAGAGCCUCGGCGUGGCCGAUGGUGUGGUCGGCGAGAUCCCCAUGAGCAGCGUCCAUGCCGUCACCGUCCCCGGAGCCGCGGCGGGCUGGGUUGACACGGUCGAGCGCUUCGGCAGCGGCAAGCUGAGCCUGGAGCAGAUCUUGGCGCCAGCCAUCGAGCUGGGGGAAAAGGGGUUCCCCGUGUCCGAGGAUGCCGCCUUCUUCUGGCAACGCUCCGAGCAGAUCCUCCGCAGGGCAUCACCAAACUUUGCCGAGAUGCUGAAGGCAGACCCGUCUGCACCGGACGGUGUUCGUGGCCCGCGAGCAGGGGACAUCAUCAAGCUGCCCAACCUGGCCCGCACCUUCCGCACCCUCGCCACCGAGGGCAAGAAAGGCUUCUACUCGGGCCGCAUCGCCGACGAGAUCAUCAACGUCGUCCGCGACCUGGGCGGCCACCUCGAACUCGCCGACCUGCAACACCACCUCGAGCAGGGCAGCGAGCCGGUUGACCCCAUCUCUCUCGAAUUCCGCGGGCAGGGCACGGGUUCUUCCGGCGUCGAGCUCUGGGAACACCCUCCCAACGGCCAAGGCAUCGUCGCGCUCAUGGCGCUGGGCAUCAUCCAGGAGCUGGAAACCCAGGGCAAGAUCCCGACCUUCACCGCCGCCGACCACAACACGGCGCCGUAUCUGCACGCCAUCAUCGAGGCCCUGCGCAUCGCCUUCGCGGACGCCUCCUGGUUCGUGACCGACCCCUCCACGACCGCCGUGCCGACGUCCUCCCUCAUCUCCCAGCCUUACCUCGCCCAACGCGCCGCUCUCUUCGACCCCGCUCGCGCCAGCGACAUCCUGCGGCACGGCUCGCCGGCCCUGCGGUCAAGCGACACGGUCUACUUCUGCGUGUCCGACGCGCAGGGCAACGCCAUCUCCUUCAUCAACUCCAACUACGGCGGCUUCGGCACAGCCAUCGUCCCGCGCGGGUGCGGCUUCACGUUGCAAAACCGCGGCGCCAACUUCAGCCUCGACGCGGCCCACCCCAACGCGCUGGGCCCGCGCAAGCGGCCCUACCACACCAUCAUCCCGGGGCUCGUGACCAACCUGUCGGACGGGUCGCUGCACUCCGUCUUCGGCGUCAUGGGCGGCUUCAUGCAGCCGCAGGGCCACGUGCAGGUGCUGCUGGGCCAGCUGGUCGGCGGGCUCAACCCGCAGCAGGCGCUGGAUGCGCCGCGCGUGUGCAUCGGCAGCGGCAUGGCCGACUACGGGGACGUGUACGACCGGACCGUGUACGUGGAGGAGGGCAUGCCCGAGGAGACGGUGCGGGGCCUGCGCGAGCUGGGCCACAACGUGCAGGUGCUGCGAGGGUGGGGCGGCAAGGGGAGGCAGAUGUUUGGCCGCGGGCAGAUUAUACGCUGGACGGUGGACGAGGUCGACGGGACCGGCGUCUGGUCGGCGGGGAGUGACAUGAGGGGCGACGGGGCUGCGUAUCCGGCGUGA